CUGGACUGACCGUACUCCUUCAGUCAGAUAACACGCACUCAGAGCCAAACGUCCUCAUCUGAGUCACCUAAUCACCUGCGCCGGUACAGAUUUCCUUUGAGAUUUGGGCAUUUCUGCAGCAUGAUGUUAUCAAAUGGAUCCUUUCCUAUUAUACAGGUCUUUGUUCCGGUAGUUGCCUUCGCUAUCGUGAUUCUCUGCUGCUUCUCCCUCUGUAAGGCCCUCCAGAGGGUCCGCAGGGAGCAGCUGGAGAGCCAGUCACGGACUCGGACUCUCAGCACUCCAGAGCGGCCAUCCAUCUUCGUCAUCCCCUUUUCACCACCUGACGAGCAGCUGCGUCGACCCCCACACUACAGCACUGCUACAGUGGACCACUACAGCCCCCCUCCCGCUUAUCACGAGUUGGAGCUGAAGCCUGACUUUAUUCCUCGUGAUCCUCCUCCUGCGUACUCAGAAUCUACCUCUUUUCCACUACAUGAGGUCUCUGAGUCGAGUCCAGCAGAGACCAGUUCUUCAGCCGGUCCAGAGACUGAAUAAAACUCUGGAAACACUGUCACCUCAUCCCAGAAUCCUCAGGCCAGGGCUUCCGUUAUCUGCACCAAGGUUAAAAACCCCAGACCUGAGAGCUUUGCGUAUGGAGAGACUCCACAGCUGCUGUUUUUCUGCCUGUUCCACUCCUGCACUCGAAAAAAUACAUGGUGCCAAAGAAAAUGCCACAUUUCGUUUCUACAGAACCUUAAAUGGAAGGUUCUUUAAAUCUUUUGUAAAUAAUAUAUAGUGUACAGAACUUUUUUGAAGGUUAAAGAACCUCCACAUGAUGUGAAUGUUCUAUACCAAUGAACAGUUUUUUCUAGAACCAUAUGUUUUAGAAGCCAUUCAGGAACCUUGAGUUUUAAGAGUGUGGAUUUUGAGAAGAGCACUGAAAAUAUGUAAAUGUCUGUACAUUGUGUAAAUAGGUUUUGUUAACUUUAUAAAUGAACAAUAAAGAUGUAAAUAAUAAGAAAUAAAAAUGUGACGUCUGGAGCUUCA